ACGAAAAGGGGGCGUUGUAAAGCAAAUAAAUAACACGUGACUUGGGCUUAGUCGUAAUCUCCACCUGGAAGUAACCUGACUCUCCGAACAAGUGAAAAGAGAUAAAUAAGUGCAUAAGUGAAAAAAGUAAAGAAGUGAUUAAAAGAAACAUACAAACAAGGAACUAUUAAAGAACAAGAAAAAAAGAAAAGAAAAAGAAAACGGGGCGUAAACCACAGAACAAAAAGAAAAUAGAGAACGAAAAGGAACGUGAAAUACAUAUUACAAAACCAAGAAAAACAAAGUUUAUUUUUUUAUGUGAAAUCGUUAAAUGGGAAACAUAAAAAAGCUAGAGAUAGAAAAAAGAUACAACAACGGAGAAUUGAGUGCACAGACUACACGCAGGAGCAAGAUAAAAGACCUGUAAAACGAAUGGAAUCUUAAAAUACCUUAAACAAGCUAUGACCAUCCUAGCACUCAGCAUCUCCCAGGGGAUUCCAGGCCUCGGCUUUGGGAGCGAGAGCCUCGAUUUCUUUGGCGGAGGGACCUUGGUGCUGUCGCUGGUCGUGAGUUCGCUUCUCCUUGCGACUCUCCUCUUGGGGGGCCAGCAGAUACAGAAAGUGCUUUUUGAGACGAAAGUGAACUUCAUCCUGGCGGCCCUAAUGGUGGUGUUAGGAGGCCUCACCAUCCACACCUACAGUGUCCAGCCCGGAAGAUCUUCCCCCGUGGCCGAUUCUGGAAAAGCUGUCGGCUCCAUGUGCCUGAUCAACUCCCUUUUCUACGGCCUUGACACCUUCUUUGCUUACCAGAAUUACAAAUGUAGUUGAGCUGCAGCUUGUCAUAACAUUUCAAAAGUAAAGUUAAAUAUUAUGUAAUUCAUAUCUAUAUUAUGUUGUGUGUAUUACUGAUGACUGUAAAUUUGCUGCUAAUUUUGUGGAAAGGAGCUAUCUAAUCAUAUUAUUUUGUGCAUUUUGUGUAUUUAUCAUCAUUCCUGACAAAGAAAACUACAUCAAGCUA